AUGAAUCUAAACUACACAUCCUCUGUCCCACAACUGCCGGCUCAACGGUCCACGUCUUUCUUUAUUGAAGAUAUUCUGCUGCAUAAACCCAAGCCUCUCCGAGAGGUCUUCCAUCACGCGCCCUUUCCGAGCACCUUCGCGUCGCGCGUGCCUCUCCUGGACUACGGAUACCCGCUGAUGCCCACCCCGAUCCUGGCUCCGCAUCCCCAUCACCCCCUCCACAAGCCAGACACCCACCCCUACUUCUUCGCGUCAGGUAUGCAAGUGCCAGCCCUGUUUCAGCACCACCCGGAGCUGCCCGGAAAGCACUGCAGACGGCGGAAAGCGCGGACGGUCUUCUCGGACUCGCAGCUGUCGGGUCUGGAGAAGAGGUUUGAGGUCCAGCGGUACCUCUCCACCCCGGAGCGGGUAGAACUGGCCACCGCACUCAGCCUCUCGGAGACACAGGUGAAGACGUGGUUUCAAAACAGGCGGAUGAAGCACAAGAAACAGCUGAGGAAGACCCAGGAUGACCAGAAGAGCUCGGGGGACGUAGACCGAGGAGCGGAGAGCUCGUGUGAAGGAGAGAUGAACGAGAAAUGUCCAGACGACAUGAAGAGCGGCACGAGCCCAGAGGACACUUACAUUUUGGACGAACACGAAGACGAUGUGGACAUUGAAGACGACAUGUGCUCGCCAGAACAUCUUUUAUAG